AGAAAAAGUUUUAAUCAUUUUAUUGCCUGCACAGACAUUUUUAUCAUCAUGCAACAUAAUUAUAGUGACCCAGAAAAGGCUCCUCCAAAAUAUAAUGGCUAUGACUCAGACCCUCAUUCUGGCGAUGAAGAUCUCAGUGGCUCAUAUGAAGAUUCAAACUCAAGCGAUGAAUCUAACAGCCUAAACUCUGAUGUUGAAAAUGGUGAAGAAGAUGAAAUUGGUGAUUAUGAUACUCAAGAAGGAGAAAAUAGCUACCUGGUCAGGAGCAGCAGUGGUUCAGAGUUUUUAUUGCCUCUAGAUGAAAUGAAUGAAGAAGAACUUGAAAGUCUGCUUCAUGAGCUAGAAACAAAUGCACAGCAGGGGAGUCAACUGUUUGACAAUUUCCAUAACUGCUCUGUCAAUCCACACACAUAUGUUGACACAAGUCCGAUGGAAGGAAAUGAGGAUGAGAUGCCUGGUAACCUAGUCAACAGCAGGAACCCUGCCUGCCACCAGCGCCAGAAGCACAGCACUCAAGCGAGACACAGAAGCUAUGCUCUCAAGUCACCUCAUCCGAGUCUCCCAUUCUUGGAAAUGUUGUCCUAUUUUUGUAUCUUUAUGAUGAUGACAUCGUACAGCCUCUACAAGUUCUACAUCUUUGGUCAAAAGAACAUGGUAUACCUGCCACUGAGUUCAUCGUUUGGCAGCAUCUUGGGGAGGCAGCGAGAUGACAGCGACAUUGAGUGGUAUGUGUGGCCUCCUUUGCUGCUGCCCUAUGUGCCGUACAUUCUGCUGCACUCGCUUGCUGCAUCAUUAGUGCGCAAAUAUGCUCACAGACACCUGUGCGCACUGUACAUCAGCUGGAGCGUGCUCGUGAUCUACAGCGUCCUCGGCAGUGUUGGUCUCAUCCUCUGUCUUGCGGUACCGUCGUUGGUGUUCACGGUGCUGCUCACGCGCAACAAGCAGAUGCUAUGGGUGGCCUGGUGUCUCAUUCUGCUGCUGUUCAACAUCGAGCCCGUCACCUCGAGGCUAGAGCAGCUCAUGGCCCCUAUAGCUGAAGGCGACUACAAGGUGUCUGUGAUGGUUGCAUGGAUCAUCUUGAGGAGCCUCAGCUACGCCCUCGAGACUUGCGAUGCGGAUCCAGAAAAUAACUUGCCUCUCAGCCGGCAGCUCUUGACCUUGUUUGCAUAUUGUCUCUACCUGCCUUUCUUGUUCACUGGUCCUUACAUGCCAUACGUGGAGUUUAUGACUGGCCUCAAUGCAUCCUAUAUACCGUGGAGUUUAAAGCGAUUAGGCCUUUUAAUUCUGCAACUUGGUCGCUUUUCUUUAUGGGCUCUCGUAGCUAAUUUCCUACUGCAUCACUUUUAUGCCCAUUCUUUGCACUGGUCACCCCAACUUGUAAUCCGCAUGGAUUCCUGGGCCAUGGGUGGAUUCCUUUAUUUCCUUAUAUGUUUCUUCAUCAUAAAAUAUGUAGUUUUGUAUGGGUUCCCAGGAGUCAUAGCUUCUAUUGAAGGUUUCAAUGCACCUCCACCUCCUAAAUGCGUCAUUUUCAUAUGGCGUUUCUCCCAAUUGUGGAGGGAUUUCGAUCACGGCCUUUACCUGUUCAUGACUCGCCACAUUUACCUGCCGUGGGUAACAGGGUCGGCACGUGGUCUCAUGACCAAACUCCAAGGCACGGCUCUUGUGUUCACGUUCGUAUACGUGUGGCACGGUGUUAAUCCUCAAGUCAUGAUGUGGUCCGGUAUAAAUUUCUGCGGGAUCAUCAUGGAGAACUGUACGGACAGCAUUGCUGCAAAACCUGCUUAUCAUGAGUGGGAAACACGAGUUUUUUCUCCAACGAUGCGACGACGUUUCCACGCUUUGUUGUCCGUCUUACUUCUGAUGCCGUCUGUAAUAGCCUUAUCCAUAUUUCUCACUUCUCUUGAUAACGCGUCGACUAUUGGAAUCAGAGUAUUUAUGACUGGUUUUCCUGUUGUAACUUUAACAUUGACGUUCUUUUUGUAUUGCCUUGCGCAAAUCAGCAUAGAAAUGCACAGCUGGAAAGUGAGGAGAGGAGACAAGUCUGUCAAAGUGAAAUAGUCCUGGAAUGGCGACAAGCUUCUGGGCUUGUCGUUCAACCUAUGAAAUACCUCACGAAUCCCCUAUCAAACAUCAGUCAUACUAAUACUGCUUACUUUUGGUGUGAUGCCAAUUGUAUUAUUUUUAACGCACCCGGUAUAUGAUGCUUAUAUGAUGCUUUUUCUCACAAAGUAUUUGAAAGGCGCAUUUUAAUGGGACGCUACACACGCUUGUAUUGCUUUCUUGUCGGGGAAUUGAACAUUAGGAAACCUCGAGUGUCGCCAGCGAAAAUGCUUUAGGCAUUUUAUUCGGCUUCCCUAGUCUUGACACAGGAGUAUAUCAAGACUUGUUAGAAGCACUGUCCAUUUUAUUAAUAUUAUCUCAGUCACUUAGCACCUACGCCUGCAUCAGAUAAACUGGAAUAUUAUAAUUGCUACUUACCUACUUAAGCCGCAUGUAAUCUCGCCGCCAGCCGCUCUGUGUUGCAUGUUAACUUUUAUUUUAGAUGAGAAGCAUGUUUGUGUACUCGUAUUUUACCGUAUCGUAUUUUAAUCGUUAAACAUGACCGUCGCAUUUAUAUAAUAUUCAUGGAAUGACAAGAUCAAGUCAGUUUGUUAAUUGUCUGUCAACAGCCAUGUUUAAUUUAUAGAAAACAACUGCCUUGAUAAUUUUUUAAUGACUUGUUUUGUAUUGUUCUGUUAUAUCCUGCUGUUGAAAUGAAAUAACUAAGAAGGUGAUUUGUUGGUUGUUUUAGUCACGUGCAUGUCAGUGAACGAGUGUAGUUUAUAUUAUUACACUCUUAACAUCUUAUUAUGAAACAGUUAGGUAGCUUAUACAUUUAUUUAAAAAAAUAAUAUUUCCUUCUAGGAAGAGGUGAUAUAUCGAUAUUUAAUUACGUCACUAAGGCACCGUUAUGCUAGUUUCUAGAAUGUCCAGAAGACUAAGGGAUGUUAGUUAAGCAGUUGUUUGGCGAGCCUUGCAACAUAAGCGGUCAAAUAUUUCCACCUUGCCAGUAUGUUUUAAAAUAUUUGCUGUAUUAGUUGAUUAUUCUUCAAUUACUAAACCAUGACCCUGGCCGCUCAAAAGUUAAGAAGGGGGCAUAAAUUUUCCCUCUGGGAUUUUUUGCUGCAAAGGCGCCAACUUUGAAAGAAUUUAUAACGAAAUCAUGCUAAGUUUGAAAGUAUUAUGACCACGACCCGGACUGUUGUCACUCUCACAUCAUCCUUCUACUCCGACAAGAUGGUAUGGUAUAGAUAAGUUGAUACAAUGGUUUCAAUUAUUCAAUUAAUCCUGGAAUAAAAUUUUUUCACUGAAAUUCAUUUUGGUAGGUUUGAUAAAAAAUAAAUUGCACGAUGGUUUACAAAGAUGUUCCAGUUGUACGUUUCAAUCUUUGACCAUUUGAUUCUAGUUUGUUCAAUUCUAUUGUCUGACAAUUACGUCAUUCCACCAUAAUAAUUUAAUUAUAAAAUAGAUUUAAAGAAGAGUAGAUUAAACCAUCUUGUCGGGGUAGAAGUUGUGUCAUGAUAACAACACCCUUACUCUUACGAUGCCAGGUUCACGUAAGUAAUAUCCCGCAUGAGCGUAACCUUUGUCACUUAAUUGAAUAUCAAUAUUAUCUCUAUCUGAAACGAAAUAUUAGUAAAUGUUACCGAAAGUUAAACGGAAUACUUACGUGAAAUGACUACUUAGAAGUAAGAACAGAGGUCAGUAAAAUAAGCUACAGAAAUAACCUCCGGUCAGCCAGGGUGUAUAAGGGCUGUGUCGCGCAGCGUUGUGAAAUGCUGGGGCGUAUGCUGGUUCUUAAAGUCAUUUCUUUAUUGUAUCAUUGAUCUAUUACAAAGUUCUGUCGACAUAUAUAUUGAACAUACUUAAGAUGUAGUGGCAUGUUUUAAACUUGCAUGAACGUUCUAGUGCCUUAGAAUUUACUGUAGAUGUUGCACUUAUAUUUUUAUACGUAAGCAAAUUGAUCCUUCUCAAUAGUUGUAGGCCAAUACGGGCGUCAUUUUGGUCCGUAGCUAGUCACUUGUACGUGUCACGUUGCAACGCGUGAACUGGAAAUUGUUUUUUUUUUAUUUUAGUGCUACAUGAAAUGCAGUGCCAUUUAAAUAUUUUUUUCUACGCUCUUCAGCGUUCAAAUUCUUAAGGCCGUGUGAACUGGAAUCUUGCCUUUUUUGUAAUUAGAAUCUCUGAUUAAAAUGUUGUCUGUCGUCAA